CCUCUCGCCAGCCUCACGCCCACCAGAUUCACUCACGAUCCCAAACGCCCAUUUCAUCCUUGCGCCCUUCAAACCCUUUUAACACCUAUUCAUCGCCCAACGCCUCGGACCCGUGAAACGGCUGCCGGUUUUCUCCUCUGAGAUCAGUGCUCUCAUUUGGAAAGAAAAAAAAAAGGCAAAGGAAAGACAGGAUCCUCCUCUUCGUCUUUGCAAGUGCAUCUCUCCAUUUACUUCGCCAUCAGCAUCCUCACGUCUGCGACAAGUGUCCCGCACCGGCAGGCUCCCAACGAGACGAGACACUAGAUCUACUUUGAAUCCCCAGCCCUCGUUCUUUCUCUCUCUCCUUUUCUCUCUCCCUCGCAUCGUUCAAACGGAAACCAAGCAGGAAGAUGCCUUCGUUCUUUAAAACGCUCCGCUCCAAAUCUUCGCGCCGGUCCGAUCUGUCGGCUCCCAGCAUCACCUCGGACAGGGGUGAUGAUGCCUCCAACACCGACUUUGGUCCUCGCUCGCCCUCAUCGACGACCUAUGGCAGCGUCCGCGGCGGGAGCGAAAAGGCUAAGCAUGCUCCAUCGUCGUACAAAGGUGGCAAAGCAGCGACGCUGCCCGCAUCGGUCACCUCGGCCUCGCUUCCCGCUCAAGGCAAGGACCAGAGCUUGAUGGACGCCGUCAAUGCCGUCAAUCCGUCGACGCCAGCAGCCGACACGGUCACACCCUUUGUUCGUCCUAGCGACCUGUACGCGGGCAGAGGUGUUCAGUGGAACGCUGUCAAGCUUGCCGGCCCACCCACUACGCAGUCCACGGGCGGCGGAAUGGACAAGGCAGAAGACAUGCAGAGCUUCCUCAAAGCGCGUCGUCAGUGGAAGCCCACGUUCAUCACCGAGGAAAUCUCCGACGCCUCUCCCGACUUCAAACCUCCCGAGGACCUGUCCAAGCUCACCUUUUCGGCUGCCGAGUUGCCCAAAAGCCAAGGUCUCAAGAGCCUCAAGGACCUCGAAGAGACGCAUCGGCGAAAGCAGGAGCUUCUCAGCGAGCGCCCGCUCGGGUCGAGCCUCUGGGACGAGCCAGAGACUAGCCAGGCGGGAUCCAAGCACGCCGCUGCGGCCUCCAGUAGCACUACCGAUGGCAAGAACAGCGCCAAAAAGGCAGAACGAAAGGUCAGCAACCGGAGCACUUCGGGCAGCGGACGCAAGCUCUUUGGCGCAAGCUCUGGUUCAGUCCACAAGAAGCCCGUUCCUGUCAGAACAUCGUCAACAGCCGCUGCAGCAGACUUCGAGGCAUCCAACGGUCUUGCCGCUGGCAAGGACGGCCCAGGCAUAAAAGCGCCGCCAGCGGCAGCAGCUGCAGCUUCUGUGGCGGCAGUGCCGGAAAGCGCUCCACUCGAGCGAAAAGCUGCAGAAGAUAAUCCAGGUAUCAAGAACGAUGCCACGAGUCCGUCGCUUGGAAGCAAUGUGCGAGAGUCAAUGGACACGAACCAGGAAGGCUAUGCGACGCCCAAGGAAACGUCUGGGCCCCAAUCCCAAGAUGGUCAUGCCACGGUGACGAAUGGCAACGGAAACGCUCACAGCGACGUGGCGGCCGCAAAAGGGCUGAAUGUCGACGUGACCCAGGCCCAGAUAGGGAACCAUGCUGGCGACCCAACGACCCCUAGAGCUUCGACGACCAAUGCGGGUGUCUCAGAGACCGCGGAGGCGCUGGCAAGAAGCGACCUGGCUGCGACGACUCCGACUGCAGCUGCGACUCAGGCUUGAAGAUGCAAGUCGUCUAUCUAGGUCCUCGUCUACCUUCCCAGCCUUCGCUUUCUCUCGGACCUCGAUAUCGAGAGCCCGUCUCCCGUUUCGCCUUCUCUGUGCCUUUUUACUUUCCUUCCUUUUCUCCCUCCGGGUUGCUCCUCUCGAAAAUCUCUUUCUCCUUUCCUUUUUCCUUUCCUAUGGUCUCUUCUUCUCAAACGGACUCCAAGACAGAAGCUUCCGCCUCAUUCUUCCCACUUUCCUUCCUCAGCCGGCCAUUAUGCCUAAGAAAUUUCAGGUAGAGCUUGGAGCCCUGGUUGCUCCAGGGACCGACCGCGCAGCACACGUUUCCGAACUACCACACGCUCUUUCUCAAACACGUCCUUACCUCCAUUUCGUCCAUACGUCUCUCAUUUCUCUCUCGCUCUUCCCGUUCUUUAAUUCAAAGAUAUCCCUUUUCCAC